CUCCUGAAAUCUGCAUUCCGAGCUCUUGGCUUUCGUUGUAUUUAAUUGCAGGUGUAUUGGAAAUUUGUUGCAGAUUUGGACUGGACUUUUAGCAUUUUUCCUUCUGUAAUGUUUAACUCCUUUUCCUGUUCUUUAGGCAGGGCAAAAUGAGUCAAGUUUUGAAGACACUUCCGAUAACUCUUUUAUUUAACAAAUUAAGUUCCCAAAAUUUUCGUAGGAAAGAAAGAAGUUGCUUCGACAUGGGUCACGAUUUUUUCCCACAAAUAAUUUUCAAUCAUCUUUCCGAGGAAAAUUGGAGGCCUUGCCACGCAUACAAACUCUUAGAGAGUUUCCUCGGGAGGAGCUUGUUGCAAAAGUUAUUAUGUGAUUCUCGUGAGUGGAUGGAGUAGGAAAAUCAAUUUCAAACUUCCUGCUGCACAAACUGUUGCAGGUAUUUUAAACCACUCCAUAUUUUAGUUUUAGCUCUUGAUGGUUUUUGUUUGCAACAAGAAGCUUUUACUGGUGAGUGCUAGCAGUAAGAACCUACACUUAUUUUGUUAACACGGGGAAUACUUGCAUAGUUGAGUUGUCAUAUCUCAAAAUAAAAGUACAAUAUUUCAUUAUCCUUGUUCAGAAUUCAUGUAUAUCUAUAAACAGAGGGUUUUGGAUCAUAUAGAUAAUAAAUAAUGAGGUAUGAUUCAAUCUUUAUCCAGUCUUAAAACCAUUAGUUUGAGGAUUACUCUGUAGUUAAUGUAUUAUUGUCUCUGCAUUUCUGAUAUCCUAUAAUCUGUUAUCCAGCACAAAGUUAUUGAUUUAAGAUGCAUUUCUUGCAACAUGUCACUGAAGAAGGAAGAUCUGCAGAAAGCAGACAUCCUUCUCCUGGACAAUCUUUCUGAAUAUAAAGAGGAAGUUGCCAACUGUUCAAAGUUUGCUGAACUUUUAUCAUCAGGAGUUGAUAUUCUUGUUAAUGACUCGUUUGGUCAGUCUCAUAAAAUUCUUGCAUCGACAGUCGGUGUUGCUCGUUUCUGCUAUGCCUCAAUGGCUGGUUUUUCCUUUGAAGAAAACCUUCAUCAGCUAAAGAAGAUUGCAAAAACUAAGAAAAAACCAUUUAUUGCAAUUUAUGGAUUUCUAUCUUGCAAUUAUAGGACAAAUAUUUCUAUUGAUUUCUGUUCUUCACUCGUCAGUAACUUGUUGAUGCAGAUUGGAGGGGGCAAUCUCAAAAACAAGGCUGCUGCUUUACAAUUUUUAGCAUCUAUAUGUGAUGCAUUGGUCUUUGUUGGACAAAUGUCCUUUCCGAUAAUGCAUGCUUUAGGACAUAUUAUUCCAAUUAAUCUGGUGGAACGUGUUGCACAUAAAGCAGCUUUAGACAUUGUUCAAUUUUCACAUGAUAAAAAUGUUCUCAUGUCAUGUCCAACAGAUUUUGGUGUAUGAAUGAGGGCUUUCCUAAGCAAUAGGAGGUUUUUCCUGCUCAUGGAGUUCCUGAUGGUAGGAUUGCAUCCAUUCUGAUAUACAUUGUGCUUUUUGUUGUUGUUGUUCUCUCAUUCACUCUCUCGAAGCCAAGGUUAGCAGGAGAUGGGUUGGUUGCCUGUUGAUUUUAGACCCAGGUCAUUGGAAGAAAUAUACUAUGAUAACAAAAUCCAAGAAAAUUAUAUGGAUUGGUCCAGGGAAAUUCAGUUCCUCCAGCCCAUGCACAGGUGGAGCUUCUAAAUUGGCUCAGAUGCUUUACAAACAGAGUCAAUGCAAUGGACUCUUUAUCAUGGGAAUGGCCCAAAGUUGGAAGGAUCUGAAUUUUCUUGGUUUGGAGACUAAUGGAAAGCUGUUGAUCUGUCUGGAUUCAGUUAAUCAAUCUGGUACAAUGAACAGGUACUUAAUCGGUACAAAUGCAACAUCGACGUUCCGUUCCAUUGUUUCCAGUUGCCCAGGAGAAUUGGUUCUUGUUUCAAUACAGUGCCCAAACCCGGAUUUUAACAAACCGGAAAAUAGGUGGAGCAUGCUGCAAAGGUCUUUAAUUGAAGCAGUGGCUGAUCUUCUUGCACAUAAGGGAAAGGUCUUUCUGCAAUCUGAUGUCAAAGCAGUUGCCAUGAGAAUGAAAGAACAGUUUUUUCAAUACGGAAAGGGCAAACUUCAUCCUUCGCAUGAUUUUCACGGUGUAAAAAUCAAUGGAAAUACAUGGCUUGAGGAGAACCCAUUUGGGAUUCGUUCAGACGGGCAGCAACACGUUAUAGAUCAAGGUGCUCCUAAGUCAUAUGUACAGAUUAAUGCUUUCCAAAUCAACUGGUUCUUGAAUAAGUUCUUGGCAUUUGCUGGUUUUGAAACAUUACCUUUAGCUGGGACUAUCUGCAUGCUGCUUGAAGAUGGUUCGGAGAGAAACUCCGCCAGUAUGGCCCUGGUCUUACCCCCUUCAUGGAAAUUUCACAGAUAUAUGAUAAGAAAGACAAGCCUGCAUGGAUUUAGAAGUCAUAUAAUUCAAUCACCGGCCAUUAACAUGACUUUCUUCCCGGAUGCCGCACCAACCGUAAAGUGAUGCAACGAACAAGCAUCUCAGUAAAGAGCCUAUAGUAGAAAAUAUAUACUCAAAGUCAACCAAAACCAUUCUCAACAAGCAUAAAACAUCAGGACCAUCCAUUGCAUUGUUUAAAAGGAGCACUGAGUUUAGGCUCAUGGCCUUAGGUAUGCUCAACUAU